AGCAUUUGUGGGAGAUCUUGCGUGUUUACUCCCUCCGGGUUAAGACAUCGCCGGACUGGUGCGUUAUGUGGGCUAUGAGUCAAGGACCUUCUUUGAGCCUGAGGCCGCGAUUCCACGAUGCUUGGCGAAAGUAUGACUCCGUCGGCGUGGCAUUGGCAUUUACUGGAUCCUACCCGCGGCUCGACGUGGCGCACGCGUCGACGCGAAUACAUGCCUAGUGGAACGCAUAGGCUAUCCAGGACUGGAAAAGCAAAAGAGUGUCGCAGCGCAAGCUCAACAGCAUGGCUAAAUCGAAACCAAGGUCCAAGAAACAGGAAGCCGAACCCCUUCAUCUAUUACCCCCAGAGCCCCUAUACAGGAGAUCCAUGCUACGAGAUCGUUGGGGCAAGUAACGCCUAUCAUGACUACUCAUCGCUUUCCGAGUCCGAAGGAAGGAAUAAUUUAGUUCUCUUCCUGGCCAACAUCGCCCUCCGGCUCUGGCUACGGCAGAAGUUGCACUUCCCGGCUUGGUUAUUGUUGUCGAUGGAUUCAUGUUUAGAAGAGUGGUUCCUUGCGUGGAGUCACCGCAGAGCUAUGAUAGCAAAUAUGGAGAGUCACGCAUAUACACGUGCAACCUCUUCUGUACUACAAAGAGUUUGAUGGCAUUCUCGCGGGCUACCACUAAGCUUGCUGCAUCUUCGGCUACCUUUCAUGUAGGCUUUGGCGGUACUUUGAAGCUCUCAGGCUCGAAGUAGUGAUCUCCAAUAUGGGAAGUCGGCAUAUCGUUAACCUGCACGGGGAUCGGGCAACCCCCCUCAAGACUCAUCGCGCAGUGUGUGACUCGG